GCCAAAGACCAAGCAGCAGGUCUGUAAGGAAUGCUUCUUUACGGCAUUCGAAGAUGAGAUUCAUCACACAAUUAUAAAGAAUAAGCUGUUCAAAUCAGGCGAGAGGGUUGCAGUGGCUGCCUCAGGAGGAAAAGAUUCCACUGUGCUGGCACACUUGAUGAGCCUGCUGAAUAAAAGACAUGGAUACGGGUUGGACCUCUUUCUCCUCUCGAUAGAUGAAGGGAUCGAGGGCUAUCGUGACGAUUCGCUGGAGACGGUCAAGCGGAACGAAAAGCAGUAUGGAAUGCCCCUGACAGUUCUGUCAUACAAGUCCCUGUAUGGGUGGACGAUGGACGAGAUUGUCCGGAAGAUUGGGAAGAAGAACAACUGCACCUUCUGUGGGGUUUUUCGACGCCAGGCGCUGGACCGUGGGGCGCACAUGAUGCAAGCGGACAAGAUGGUGACCGGUCAUAAUGCAGACGAUAUGGCGGAAACAAUUCUGCUAAAUCUUCUCCGUGGCGAUGUCGCCAGGUUGAGCCGGUGUGCUGCAAUUGUGACGGGAGAAGACAGUGCGCUUCCACGAUGUAAACCGUUCAAGUACACUUUUGAGAAGGAGAUUGUUAUGUAUGCCUACUUCAAAAAGCUGGACUACUUCUCCACAGAAUGUAUAUAUUCGCCAGAUGCAUAUCGUGGAUUUGCACGCGAUUUUGUGAAGGAUCUGGAGAACAUCAGGCCUGAAGCAAUCUUGGACAUUAUAAGGUCCGCAGAGAAUUUUCAAUUUGAGGCAACAACCAAAAUGCCAAAACAGGGAACCUGCGAACAAUGCGGCUAUAUUACCAGCCAGAAACGGUGCAAGGCAUGUGUUUUGUUGGAGGGGCUGAACCAAGGGCAACCACUCCUGGGAAUCGGAAGGGCGCGGAAGAGCGGCAACGACAGGGAUCCCUCAGCGAAUUCUGGGGAUCGAAACAGCGAAUACCAGGUGUCAGAAGCGAGAGGCACAGAGGCACAGAAGCGGCGUGGCAAGAGGAGGAAUAGGCAGCCAAGACAAGGUGGCAUAAGGUCAGAAGAUUGUGUGCAAAUCAGUUAUGAGGAAACAUCAUAGUAGCUGGCUUUCACAACAGGACUGUGAUCCUUAUUGCUGUACCACCAGUACCCUUUGUGAAAAUCUCUCAAGAAUUAUGGAUGUCAAAUUGUGAAUUGAUUGUAACCGCCGUCUUUCCAACACUUGCUGGAUUCUUGUUCUGUCAAAAGCCUUUGCGAGACCGAGUAAUCUACAGCAGCAUUGUUGUAGGUGUGCAUGUGCGGAGGUAAGGGAGGAGGGGGUCGCCGUAAAGUGGGUGCUGGUGGGGGCAUGGGUGCGGUUGCGCGCGCGCGUGCGUGUGUGUGUGUUGACUGUCACCAGAACAAACUCCUUGACGAUCC